UGGUAUUGGGUUGUGCUGUUGCUCUCAACCAAUUAACACGGAUUGUCUAGAUCAUCAAAUUUUGAUCACAGACUUCUUCAAUCUCUAAUGCUAAACUCCGAAAAGUCUAAUUGCAAGCAUAAAAGUUAAGAAUAUUUGGGGAAUAGGAGAAAUUGACUCCAAACAAUCAAAGUGACUCUAAACGAAACCUAGAAAACCUAGACUAUCUCUUCCAGAGAUUAGAAAAAGGUAUGGUUAAGAGAAGCUCCAGUUCAAAAACCACCAAGCCUCCGCCUCGAACCUCGACAUCCGCCUCUAAGUCGGCGGAGAGGCCGGCUUCCGGAUCGACUUCAGGAGCAACAGAGCAACAGUCGGCGGCAGCGACCUUUUCACCAGAGGAGAUCAAAGCGCAGCAGAAGCUACUCAACAUCUUCAGCGACACGUUCAAAGAAGUACUCAGCGACGAUGAGUUCAGCACCGUAUUGCAGAGGGUGAAGCAAGCGCUGUUCAACCGAGAUUUUGAAACCGCAUUUGGCAACGAGCAGUUCCUCGAAGUGUACGUGGCGAGAUGGAGUCCCAGCCGCGCGUUGUGCUAUAGCAGAAUACUGAGUCAGAUUACCGACGACUUGGUGCCUUUGCCGCUCGCUACCGGUGCCACUGAUAGUAAAAGUGACAGCGACGUCUCGUUCGAGGAUGAAGUUGAGAUGGGCCGGGUUUCUCCAACGGUCGACCUGGAAGAGGAAGAACGGGAGACGAAACGUGGUGCUACAAUGAGGAUGCUUGCGAUUGGAGGCGGCGCUGCUGAGAUCAUGGCCUUCGGUGACUAUCUCCGGGACACAGACUCCAAUAUUGCCGGCGACCUCACGCUUCUAGACACCGGCCCGUGGGCCGAAGUAGUGCAGAAGCUUCACGUCGGCCUCACGACCCCGCCUCCGCUCUCUAAAUACGCAAGCACCGCAGCCAAAGCAACAAAUGCGGCUCUAAUCGAACCGGCAACACGUCUGCACUCGACAUUCGUACAGAAAGACGUGCUGAAACUAGAUAACACUGACCUAUCAAAACUCCUUGGACAGACACCUUUACUCAUCACGAUGCUAUUCACGCUCAAUGAGCUCUAUACAUCAGGAGGCAUAAAGCUAACCACGGCGUUCCUGCGGAAUCUAAGCACUACUAUCCCGGCUGGCUCCUUACUUCUAGUCGUCGACAGUCCCGGGAGCUACUCAGAGGCGGCAGUAGGCAAAGAGGCUAAAAAGUACCCGAUGCAAUGGCUACUAGACCACACCCUCCUCCAGGCCGACAAGCUGCCGCCCGAGGGGUGCAGGUGGGAGAAGCUGAAAUCACACGACUCUAUCUGGUUCCGGCUUUCCGACGGACUGCGGUAUCCCAUUGAUCUACAAGAUAUGCGCUACCAGAUGCACCUGUACCGCGCCACUUCCGGGCCGUCUAGUAACUGAAGUAGUUUAAUACCUGCCAGGACCUUGUAUUAUCUAAA